AGUGUUCACAUUUCUGUACACUUUAGUCUCAAACUGACUGAUAAAACAGGAAAUGUUCAUGUGUCAGUUUGAUGUUGAUCAUGAAGACUGUGAGCAGGUUGCUGAUCGUUCUCCUCACAGUCAUUGAACGCAGCAGCAGCAUGAAGGUUGUUGGUCGAGCAGGUGAGGACGUCACUCUGCCGUGUAAAUAUGACUUCAAGUAUAACGGAGUGUUGUCAGCUUGCUGGGGUCGAGGAUCAAUACCAAGGUUUGGCUGCAACAACCAGAUCAUCUCCACAGACGGACGUAAAGUGAUAGAAUCAACCAGAGUUUCCAGCAGGUAUCAGUUACUGGGACGACUGGAGGAUGGAGAUGUUUCUCUGACGAUCCUGAAAACCACAGAAGAAGAUGCUGGACUGUACGGAUGCUUGGUGGACAUACCUGGGUGGUUCAAUGAUGAAAAACAUCACAUCGAUCUGAUCAUUGAGAAAGUAAACCCUCCAGCCUCGACCACAGCAGCCACCACAACAGAGAGAGGACGUCAUGUCACACUGGUUGAAGAGGUGAGUUGA